CUGAACGAGAAGUCCGUCCACUCCGCGGUCAGCGUGCCGCUGCAGAGCCACUCCAAGGAAAAAAACAUGGCGAACGUGGUGCUGGAGUGGAAGGCUUCAGCUGGCGACUCUGAGCCGCAGAGCCGCCCAGUCCUGAUCCUGGGGCAGCAGAGCCACCUGCAGCAGGUCAGCUGGAACCAGGUGAAAGGAAAGCUGCAGCCGGUCGUCAGCAAAGAGAUCUGGCAGGCGGCUCUUGGUGCUUUGAACCCAAACCCCACGGACAGCUGCCCGCUGUACCUCAACUAUGCCGCGGUGGCUGCCCUCCCCUCGCGUGUCAGCAGGCACAACAGCCCCUCUUCUGCACACUUUGUGUCCCGCCUGGUCCGCUCCUGCCUGCCGGGAGGGAAUAAUCGCUGCAUUGUGAUGGUGUGUGAGCGUUCGGACGUGUUUGCGUCCUCCUGCGCCAUUGCCAGAGCCUUCCCCAUCUUCUCUCGCCGCUCCGCCUCGUCACGCAGGGCAGAAAAAAAGCAAGUGACCGUGGAGUUUUUAAUUGUUGGACAAGACAGCAGCCCUCUCGAUGCUGCUGAACUUGAGUGUCUGUCCAACGUUGCUGAUGGAGUGCGGCUGGCUGCGCGCAUCGUGGACACACCCUGCAAUGAGAUGAACACAGACCACUUCCUGGAGGAAAUCAAGGCUGUUGGGAAUGAAGUUGGAAUCACUCCAGUCAUCAUUCGUGGCGAGGAACUGAAGCAGAGAGGGUUUGGAGGUAUUUAUGGUGUUGGGAAGGCAGCAGAGCAUCCUCCAGCUUUAGCAGUCCUGAGCCACACUCCUGAUGGUGCGACUCAGACCAUCGCGUGGGUGGGGAAGGGCAUCGUCUACGACACUGGUGGACUCAGCAUCAAGGGAAAGACAACAAUGCCUGGCAUGAAGAGAGACUGUGGUGGAGCUGCUGCCAUUCUGGGAGCUUUCAAAGCCACGAUCAAACAGGGCUUUAAGGAUAACCUCCACGCAGUGUUUUGCCUGGCGGAGAACUCAGUCGGGCCGUCCGCCACGCGGCCAGAUGAUAUCCACACCAUGUAUUCUGGAAAGACGGUGGAAAUCAACAACACCGACGCAGAGGGCAGGCUGGUGCUGGCGGACGGAGUCGUGUACGCAAGCAAGGACCUCUCGGCUGACAUCAUCCUGGACAUGGCCACACUGACGGGGGCGCAGGGAAUCUCCACAGGGAAGUACCACGCGGCGGUGAUGACCAACAGCGAGCAGUGGGAGUAUGCGUGCGUGCGUGCGGGCCGCAGCAGCGGAGACCUGGCUCACCCUCUGGUGUACUGCCCCGAGCUGCACUUCAGCGAGUUCACCUCUGCUAUGGCCGACAUGAAGAACUCCGUGGCAGACCGGGAGAACGCCCAGAGCUCCUGCGCUGGCCUCUUCAUUGGUUCCCACCUGGGCUUCGACUGGCCUGGUGUCUGGGUCCAUGUCGACAUCGCUUCUCCAGUUCAUGCUGGGGAGCGCGCUACAGGCUUUGGCGUCGCCCUGCUCAUGGCUCUGUUCGGUCAGGCAUCCGAUGACUCCAUGCUGAACCAAGUGUCUCCUUUGGGAGCACCCAGCAGCACAUCUGAAGACCAGAUGGAGCGCGACUGCAAAAGACGGCGACUGGUGUAGACGGCGGUUCAGCCCCUGAGCCUGACUGUCACCACUCACACCUCAACUGGUGAACCGAGUGUUAGUCAAAAGCAUUUAAAUCAGUAAAAUCUUUUUGAUGAAAUUCAAUAAAACGGAUAAAUACCUGUGAAUCAGAUGUGGUAUAAAUGAUUCCGAUCAUACUGAAGCUCUUACUUUUCCUCAUAGCUCAGCACAUUCUACACUGAUCACCUCUGUAGCUUUUUCACUCUUCAGACACAGCAGGUGGUUCUUCCACAGUUCAUUCAGGGUUGCAGCAGUAUCUCUAUUUUCUGUGUGUUCAUAUUCAACUGAUUUUUACAAUUAAUUGUAGUUUUCAGAUAUUACCUCAAACUUUGCUUUCAAAUAUUAUCAGCAGGAACUGUUUUGAAGUGGGUACAUUAUGCAAAUCAAAGCUUUUGCCAUGCUUGUGUCAUUUGUGAAGUGUUGGCCUUGGGUCAGUGAAGCUCCGGUAACCACUCUGUAUUCACCCUGUGUGGAGUAGGACACAUGAUCAGACUUCAGACUUGCUUUGUCAGCAGAAAACACACUUUCAAUGUAGAACCAUGGAUCAUAUGCUUGCACAGAUGAGCUGUUUUACCACCCUUGUGACAAUCAUGUCAUCAUUCAAUAAAGGCAGUGCCAUCAGUC